CAUCGCCGAUUACUUCCCUUGUGCUUAUCCAGAAGCAAGUACCAAUUUCCAAAAUGGCCUCUCUUAAGUUGAUUGUCUGCAUCGCCAUGGUAGCUGUUGCUAGUGGUAUGUACGUCAACAGUGGUAGCACUGGCUACAACAGUGGAAGUGGCUACAACAGCGGUAGCAACAGCUACGACAGCGGAAAGGGCUACAACAGCGGAAGUGGAUACAACAGCGGAAGUGGAUACAACAGCGGAAGUGCUUACAACAGCAACAACAACGGCUACAACAACAACGGCUACAACAACAACGGCUACAACAACAACGGCUACAACAACAACGGCUACAACAACAACGGCUACAACAACAACGGCUACAACAACAACAACGGAUACAACAAUGGCUACAGCAACGGUUACAACAAUGGCCCAGUAGGAAACAACGACCAAUAUAGAGAUGGUCUUUACUUCAAUGGAGGUAAAAGCUAUGGUUCAAACUACGGCUCAUCCAACUAUGGCUCAUCCAACUAUGGCUCAUCCAACAAUGCUGCCCCAUCCAACUACGGCUCAUCCAACUAUGGCUCAUCUAGCUACUCUGCCCCAUCCAACUAUGGCUCAUCUAGCUACUCUGCCCCAUCCAACUAUGGGUCAUCCAACUAUGGCUCAUCCAACAAUGCUGCUCCAUCCAACUACGGCUCAUCCAACUAUGGCUCAUCUAGCUACUCUGCCCCAUCCAACUAUGCUGCCCCAUCCAACUAUGGCUCAUCCAACAAUGCUGCCCAAUCCAACUAUGUUGCCCCAUCCAACUACGGCUCAUCUAGCUCUGGCUCCUACGCUAAAGCACCCAGCACCUACAACGCUAACAACAACUACGCUUCUGGAUCAUCAUAUUAAGUACAAAGUUGAAGACGGCGAUGUUUUCGAUGUUUCAACGACUCCGACUUCAGACUAGCUGUAUUUUUACAGCUUUUUCUUUUUGAUAAUAAAAUAAACUAUUUCUUCGAAC